AUGAAGGAAACACUGGUUUUUGCCACGGCACGGCAGCAGUUUCUUCAGCAUGGGUAUGCCAUUUUUUCUGCGGCGAUUGGAGCUUCUCUUAUUGAACGACUUCGACCCGCAUUGACUGCAUCCACCGUGGCCCGUGCACGUUGUUUUAUCGAUGUUCCCGAUAUUGAGUCGAUGCUGAAGUCCAAGUCAAGGCUUUCGGACCCGCUCUACACAAAAGUAAUGGCGCGGUUGCAGCGUCGAAAGUACAUGUUGCGUCGAUACCGGGAAGAGAAAAAGCGACGGAAGCAACUAAAAGAGGUUGUCGCGAAUUUUCUGAAUGGCCGGGAAAAGGAAGAUCUCACAGGCGAGGAACUGUGGAAAUUAAGUGAGUUACUGGCCAAGGAAGCUGUCAGUGUGCCCGGGAAGGAGUGCCGAUCGACGAUCAAGAAUGACCCCCAGAUGCUGAGGGCCAUCAACGAGUACCGCUGCAACGUGUGGAUGACGAAUAAGGAACUAGAAAACAUCGUGCGGGACCCUUCCUUUUGGCAACCCAUUGGCGCCAUCGCCAGUGAUGUUGGCGGCGUUGAGCGUCCUGUAUUGUUUGCGGAUGCUCCCAUGUUUCGGGAGCCAUACGGCGGACCUUUUGGGUAUCACUGCACUGCCCCAUCGAUUGGUGUGAAGACCAACGGCAACCAGCCACUCGCCGUCUCGUUACUCGUCUUUACACAUCGCCCCGAUAAGCAGAAGAUGCCUCUGUUUGUCCUGAAAGGCUCCCACCGUUUUGUACAGGAUCAGUACUUGAGAUAUGUUUUGCCCAAUGUUCUGUCACUUCCAUUUUUGCCAAUGGAGUCGCACAUCCCAGAGCAAAUUAAGCGGUUCAACUUUGACAGUAGCGUUGUGGGGAGCCCCAUUGAGGGUGGCGAUGCGAUUGGCCCCGGUACUGUUGUGGUGCUAAAUCCGCAUCUUAUGAUUGGCGUGGGUGCGAACGCUUCCACGGAGCGCGUGGCGGUUUAUAAACUUAAUUUGAUUGCUGAAAAUGCGCCGCCCUUUUUGAAGGCUCCCUCUUGGAUCACUGCUUGGCGUUCACUUCCACGGGAGGUGAAUUUUGCAUCUCCUGUUGUUUUCCCGCCAUUUUACGACAAAACGAUGUCGACCACCAGCGCACGCUGA